AUGCAGACUACCCGGAGUCAGCAGGCAUGGAUACGUGCUGUGAUCCUCGUCGGACUUUACCUGAUACUUUCACUGUCCUUCACCCAGUGUGCUCUUGUCCUCUAUCUGUAUGGCAGUGCGCAGGUUGAUGACUUGGAGACGCCCAGCUUAAUUAUCGGCCUUGUAGCUUCAUUUCUAUCUGUUCCCUUCGUGGUCAUUCAUACAAUACUCUCCUGGCAGUAUCGCCGAGUUCCCGGACUGAACAUGCCCCGAAAUGCGCUACACAUGGCAUGCUCGCAUCUCCCUCGCAUUAUGGUGGCCAUGUGGCUCGCAGCAUCUGUCGCAGGCCUGGUUCUUGUGUCGAAGCAGGUAACAUGUGUGCCAGUCUCCCAAGCUCAGCAAUUUUGGAAAGCCGGCAUGAGCUGUCAGAUUCAUAGAGGCACAGUCAUCCUAAGUAUUCUGGCCUUUGUUAUAUCAUCAGCCCUUUUCUUCUGCUUUCAAGUAUGUGAACGCCCAUACGACGCUUCCCUGCUGGGCCUCAAUGCACCACAACGCCCACCGCGGGAUGGCAGUAUCUUUUCAGAAUCGAGCUGGGAGAGCGAGACGCUCAAGAAUGAGAUUUUUUAUCUCUGUCGACAUCCUGAUGCCGGGCCCGGCAAUGGAGAGCUCUACUGGUCGCCCAACGACAGCUCCCUCUUCGAAACUCCCGUGCGGCCGCCCAGCAUUCGAUAUCCAGGGCCCGCGCGAGUUCGGCCUCAGCUGCGCAUCACCACGCACACAAAUUCUAUAAGGCCGACGAUUGCUACAACCUCACUCUCGGGUACAUCCCCGGCUGUGUCCCCAGUAGAUGAAACGGCAGCUGGGUCGGUCAGUGCGCGGAGUGAUGUAUCUCCACUAUCGCGAAAUCCCUCCAUGACUUCGACUCUCCAGAUGGGCACCGAGGCUGCUUUCACCAGACCGCCAGUGCCAAGGGUACCUGAUAUUCCUGAAAUCCCACCACAAUCUCAGUCUCAAGCAGAGCAGCAGCAGCAGCAGCAGCACAAGAGGCAAAAAUCUUCGGUCUCGUCCCGCAAAUUCCUUCCUAAGGAUUUGAAUCUUUUCGAGCCUCUUUCGGAGGAUCCGCAGAUUCGGGCUCUCGCAUCUCCGCCGUCGUCCCCAGAAAUUGCUGAACCAGUGCAGCAGUUAGACGAGAGGGAGAAAGAAGAUGGUAACCCCGGACUGUCGCAUUCAACGCUGCCUACACCUCCAGCGCCUGCACGAGUAAACGAUUCCCAAUCGACUCGAUCAAAUCCUGCCCAAACAAGACGGCGAUCAAUGACAGCGCCAGGAAAUCCUCCUCCUGUCCUUCCUCCAGUGCCUCUGACGGUUCGCAAGUCUCGCACUUCACAUCUCAAUCCAGCACCUCGAGCCAUUCAUCAAUCCCACGUGCCUCACACCACUCCAAAACCAGCUACUCGCCGCCCUUCUCAUCGCCAAUCCAGCAUGGGUCGAGCUCAUUAUCCGCCUCAUCAUCCCCGUAUUCAGACAUCAUUGUCAAACCAUAGCUCCAUAAUCAUCAGAGAUCACCCACAAAGACAACGGAGAUUCCAUACAUCAAGUUCAUUGUCUCGAAAUACUCAACUGCCUCGGCAUGCGCCAAUGCAUCAUCAGCAUUACCAACCGCAACACCAACAACACAUGAACUAUCCUCAACCACGCCAUCUCCACCCCCAUCUACCAGCCCGACCAGCUUAUGUGCGUCGUUUCCAUUCAAAUGACGGCCGAGGCUUUGACCCUGCACGAACCUUACCGCCUAUCCCGCGCAGCGACGAUACCGCCACCUUGUAUCCAAGUACACGACGACCGCGCAGCUCCACAUACGGGGGCUCCUCUAGUAGCCCUGGUACGAGCUCAGGACCUGUGCAUAAAAGCAGCAAAAGCAUCCAGGCAGGAGAAAGGGAAGUCACGGGACAAAAUGCACGCACUUCCCUGAGUCUGGCUGAUGGUGGCGUGGCGCUGGAGGCGGAUCGAGAUAUUGUCGAGAGGAAGAAUACGUAUAGGGGCGCGGAGAGGACGAGUAUCUGUGCUGUUUAG